UACGCCUAGACAAAUGCUCAGAGAUUGCAACUUACGCCCUGCAAUACACCUCGAUGUGUUUUGAUACACCUCGCCUUGAGGCUAGCCUUGGGGCUCGCCCAGAAGCUUAGCUGAAAACUACUUUUAGAAGGAGAAACAGGAUAUACAAAGUCCGUUUUAAAAUGGACAAGUUUCUGUCGUGUCUCCAAUUCCGGGCACAAAAGACAAAUAGGUUGAAAAGAACAGGAGUGUCCCCUUAAUCCUUAUAAUCCAACAUAGUUCUUUUGAACUUUGUUAAACCCUCAAAACCCUGAGAGGCCAUUUCCCCUUCUUCUUUGGCAAGACUAGGCUGUCUAUUUUGCAAAACCCUUUUCCCAACAAAGAGAGAUGCCUCCUAAAGGCAAAGGAAAGAAAGGGAAAGGGAAAGGGAAAGGGAACGGGGAUUCCAAGAAAACAAAGAGCACAGUUCCAAACCCAACUCCCCACUUGUAUUUCCCUAAAGAAAUCAUCUGUAAAAUCCUUUCCCGUCUCCCUGUGAAGACCCUUUUACGAUUCAGUUGUGUUUGCAAGCAAUGGCGGAACCUCAUUUCUAAACCCAACUUCAUUGCCGACCAUUUCCGCCACUCUUCUUCUUUGCAGCACUCCGGUUCAUCCCUUCUUAUAGGCAGCCGUCAUCACAAGUCCAAUAAUCAUAUACUCUCACUAUACAAACCACCUGAACCAGUUGUUGACCUCGAAAACAACCCUUAUCCUUGUUUCUUUCCCAAUAUGUACAUUGUGGGUCCUUGCAAUGGCAUUGCGUGCCUUUUUAAUCCACCUUGGGGUGAUGUCAUCACCCUUUGGAACCCGGCAAUGAGGCAGUCUAGGAUGGUGGAGCUUUCUGAAAGAGAGCCCAUUCAGGGAGUGCAUGGGUGGGUAUCAGUUGGAUUGGCGUUUGAUUCCAAGGAAAACGAGAUGUUGAUCUUGAGAAUCUUUUGUGUCGGGCUAACAUCUCCAGUCCCGAACCACGUUGAAAUGUUUUCAACGAAGAGUCUCAAAUGGAAAGAGCUGAAAAAUGACAUGGUUUUCAGUAUUGUGGAGUAUACUUGCAAUGUGAUCGUGAAAGGUGUGCCUUAUUGGUUGGUUUGUAUGAUUGAUAAAUUUGGAGCGCGUGCGGUGUGUGUGCGCUUUGAUGUGGGCAAAAAAGUAUUUGAGAAGUUACCAUGGCUAGGAAGGUGUAAGCAGCAUCAACAUCUCGUGGACUUGGAGGAUUCUCUUUGUAUGUUAGACUGUAGUCAUAAAGACAAUUGCCAUAUUGAUGUUUGGGUAAUGAAUGAUGAAGAUGGUUGGAGCAAGAAAUGUACUGUUGGACCGUUAUUGGGGUUUGACCGAAUCGAAGGCUGUUUGAGGAAUGGUGACAUUGUUGCUAGGAAUGAAAACGGAGUGAUAUUCUUGUGUGAUCCCAUAACUAGUUCAGUCAAGGCGAAAUUCAGCCUUGAUAAUUCUAAGAAUGAUUCAAAUGUGAUUGUUGACUAUUCAGAGAGCCUAUUUCUUAUCAGAGGGAUGCUACCAGUUAAGAAGCAAAAUGCUCAAGAUAAUUUGGCACGCAAAAAACUCACAAGACAAUUAUUAUAUACUCUACAGUGUGGAGCAUGUGUGAAGCGAAUAAGUGAUGUCAGGCAUGGUGCAUCUAGGAUGAAAAUUCACAAGAGAAGCAGAGCAUGGAAGUAGCUCCUUUAGUACUUUGUGGAUAAUAUGGAAAGAGGGUGUUUGAUGGAGUAAAACUACUUUUUUACAGCUUAGUGGAACAUUUUUGUUCUUUGGAUAUUCUUGGAGUAUUUCUAAUAUUCCAGUUAGUGUUGAUGUUUGGAUGUUGUUCAUAAGGAGACAUGCAGUUAGUGUUGAUGCUAUUAGUAAAGAAACAUGCUUCGUUGUAGGAUUUCUACCUUUUUCAUACAUCUUGUAUGUUGAAUUUUCCCAUUACAUCAAUAAAUUUAAG